UGUGUUCACACUGAAGGACAGCACGGUCCCCAGAAUUGGGGAGGGCAGGUUCGAAAGAAAGGCUCCGGAGAGUCUAGGCAGGACACAGGCAAAGAUGGGUCCAGUGGGUUUCCAGCCAAGUGGCUGUAGUGACGGAGUGAAGGGUCUCCUGGAGCUGGGGUGGCAUGUGUGUGUGGAGCCAGGACGGGGUGUCACUCAUAAAAACUUGAGACUCAGAGGGCCUCGGGCCACAUGGAGGGACCGCGCUUUCCUUCAAAGCUGUUUCUGCAUGUCUGUACUCAGGAGACGGAAGAUUAUCCUUACUUCUGUCCUCUGGGAGCUGGGUCCUCUCACCAUUCCCGUUGGCGGGGAGUCAGGACCCCUCCUUCCAACCUCUCUCACAUUCUUCUACCAGUCUCUCAGAGUCUCUGAGCCCUGAGCUAAGCAAGCCCCAGAGAAGCUCCCUGCCCCCAACCCCGAAGAGUCCCACCAGUCUGACUCUGUUGGCCCCUGUGGUUACUGGAGAGCCCACGUGACCGUAUGAGACAGAUGUUUCCUGCCCCCAGGGGCCUGCAGUGUCCCCGAGGAGGCCGGCCACUCAGAUCUGAAACAUCUGCCCAGCCAUGGGCUGCUACCUGCUGCUGCUGCUCCUGGGACUGGCCGGCCAGGGCUCAGCUGACAGCCACCCCGAGGUGCUGCAGGCACCCGUCGGGUCAUUCAUUCAGGUGCAGUGCCACUACCGGCUGCAGGAUGUGAGGGCCCGGAAGGUGUGGUGCCGGUUCCUGCAGGAAGGCUGCCAGCCACUGGUGACCUCAACCGUGGACCGAAGAGACCCGGGAAGCGGGCGCGUGUUCCUCACUGACCUGGGCGGGGGGCUCCUGCAGGUGGAAAUGGUGGCCCUGCAGGAGGAGGACACAGGCGAGUACGGCUGUGUGGUGGAGGGAGCCGCCGGGCCCCAGACCCUGCACAGGGUCUCCCUGAUGGUGCUUCCUCCAGUCCCUGGCCCAGGAGAGGAGAAGGAAGCCGAGGACAAGACGGGGAGCUAUAGAACGGGAGGUCUGCCAGAGGAGCCCUCCGUGGACCCUGCGGGGAGUGCCAGUCCUCACGAGUUCCGAAGGCAUGAGAACAGUGUCCCCCUGAUCUGGGGUGCUGUGCUCCUGCUAGGCCUGCUGGUGGCCGUGGUGCUGGUGGCUGUGAUGACCAGAAGGAAAGGGAGCAGGCUCGGUGUCUGCGGACGAUCCCAGAGCAGCGGAGCUUCAGGCACGGAACCCUCCUCAGCAGCCUACCACAGCAGUGACUCUGGACUGGCUGCUGGGCUGCCCACGGAUGUACCAUAUGUGAGGCUAGACUCGCCGCCUUCCUUUGACACCACCUACCCGGGCUUUUCUCUUGAUCCUCCAUCAAGGAAACCCCCAGCCCCACCCCAACAGCCCCCUCUGCCUCCUAAGGUUCUGGUGUCAUCCAAGCCUGUGACAUAUGCCACAGUUGUCUUCCCGGGAGGGGACAAAGGUGAAGGAGCCUCCAGUGAGGCUGCUGGAGAUCUACCCAACAGUCAAACCCCAGCCAGCUAACUAAUACACCUUCCUUUAUACUCUGGGGAUCACCCAUGGGGCAUUCUCUGCAGCCAUCCAACAUGCCCAGAGUAUGGGAGGAAAUGGUGACGUGGGGACCCGACCUUGGCUUGGAGGACAUAGGAAGUGGUGCUCAGACGUGCUUGAGGUGUUGGGGAAGAACUCUGCCCGUCACUUCUUGGUGCUGGUUCCAAAUUAGGCUAAAUAAACCCUGAUGAUGUGUGAA